GUUUAUCAUUUCAAUGACAACCUCAAAAUCCAAUAUGGCCGUACAGUGAGAGGAAAGCAAGCAAAACGCACAGUUCACACGUCAAAUAUUGUUGUAUAGUGGAGUUACUUUUAUGGUUUAAAGUGAACCUCUGGUCGCGAUGUGGCUGCCAUUUCACACAGUGUGUUUGAGGAGCCAGAAGGUGUGCAGAAGAAGCGUCGCCGCUGCUCUGUCACAAUGUUCAAGGCACAGCGAAAAUGCUAACGUGUCUCUCUUCAGUCAUUCCGCUGGACUCGCAGCACAAACAUGCAAGACUCUUCUGUUCAGAAAACACGGAGACCCUUCUAAAGUCGUUCAGUUGGAGGAUAUAGAUCUGCCCACUAUAGGUGAAAAGGAUGUCCUGGUUAAAAUGCUUGCAGCUCCAAUCAACCCAUCUGACAUCAACAUGAUUCAAGGUACUUAUGCUAUCCUGCCUGACCUCCCAGCUGUUGGGGGCAACGAGGGAGUGGCCCAGGUCGUAGAGGUGGGCAGUCAGGUGACGUCCCUCAAAACAGGAGACUGGGUUAUUCCAAAAGAUACUGGUCUAGGGACGUGGAGGACGGAGGCAGUGCUAGCAGAGGACGAUGUUAUCUCGCUGCCGAAUGACAUUCCCUUGUUGUCUGCCGCCACUCUGGGAGUGAAUCCUUGUACUGCCUUCAGGAUGCUCUCUGACUUUGAAUAUCUCAAUCCAGGUGAUUCUGUGAUCCAGAACGCAGCCAACAGUGGAGUUGGGCAGGCUGUAAUACAGAUUGCAGCUGCGAGGGGAAUACACACUAUCAACGUCGUCAGAGACAGGCCAGAGUUCACACAGCUCAGUGAUAGGCUGAAGGCCAUGGGAGGAACUCACGUACUCAAAGAAGAGACACUGAGGCGGCCCGAGAUGAUGGAACUGUUCAAGACCUGUACAAAGCCUAAACUGGCACUGAAUGGAGUCGGAGGCAAGAGCGCAACAGAACUGCUCCGUCAUCUACAGUUUGGAGGAUCUAUGGUGACGUAUGGAGGGAUGGGCAAACAGCCAGUGACUGUCCCUGUGAGUUCUCUCAUUUUCAAGGAUGUGAAAGUUCGGGGAUUUUGGGUCACACGGUGGAAGAGAGAUCACUCGAGCGAUGGAAGAGCAUUCAGAGCCAUGCUGGAUGAACUGUGCCACCUCAUCCGGCGGGGAAAGUUGACCGCUCCUGCCUGUACCGAGGUGGGCCUCCAAGACUACAGCGAGGCUCUGGACGCGGCGAUGCAGCCGUUCACUUCAGCUAAACAGGUCUUGGUUAUGUGAACGGUGAAGGUGACAAGACUGUAACCGCAGGACUGCCACGUCAUUUUUGAUUCGUCAAUGAAAUACACUGCUCAAGCUCAAUAAACGUGUCUUCACAGCAG